AUGUCUGAUGUUACUGAUAAGACCGCUGAACAGCUGGAACAGCUAAAGAUCCAGGAUGAGCCUCAAACUGAGCCCACCUCGGCCGAGUCCGAGUCUAGCAAGGUUGAGUCCUCGUCUGCGUCUCUAUACGUGGGAGAGCUAGACCCAAGCGUUACUGAAGCGUUGUUGUACGACCUUUUCUCGCCAAUCGGCUCCGUAUCCUCGAUUCGUGUGUGCCGCGAUGCGAUCACCAAGACUUCGUUGGGCUACGCUUACGUCAACUUCCACGACCACAACGCUGGCAGAACCGCCAUUGAGAAGCUGAACUACACUCCAAUCAAGGGUAGACCUUGCCGUAUCAUGUGGUCCCAGCGUGACCCAUCUCUCAGAAAGAAGGGCUCUGGCAAUGUUUUCAUCAAGAACUUGCACCCUGCCAUCGACAACAAGGCUUUGCACGACACUUUCUCUGUCUUCGGUAACAUUCUGUCUUGUAAAAUUGCUACCGAUGAGACUGGUAAAUCCAGAAAGUUUGGUUUCGUGCACUUCGAGGAGGAGGAAGCCGCUAAGGAGGCCAUUGACGCCAUCAACGGUAUGUUGUUGAACGGCUUGGAGGUCUACGUUGCUCCUCACGUAUCUAAGAAGGACCGUCAAUCUAAGCUGGACGAGGUUAAGUCGAACUUCACCAAUGUCUACGUGAAGAACAUCGACUCUGAAACCACUCAGGAGGAAUUCGAAAAAAUGUUCUCCAAUUACGGUGCCAUCACCUCCGCUGUUCUCGAGAGAGACAACGAGGGCAAGCUAAGAGGCUUCGGUUUCGUUAACUUUGAAGACCACAACGCUGCUUUGAAGGCCUGCGAGGAGUUGAACGACACUGACUUCAAGGGCCAAAAGCUUUACGUUGGCCGUGCUCAGAAGAAGUACGAGCGUCUACAAGAGCUGAAAAAGCAAUACGAGUCUUCUAGAAUGGAGAAAUUGGCCAAGUACCAAGGUGUUAACUUGUUCGUCAAGAACUUGGACGACUCCGUCGAUGACCAAAAGUUGGAGGAGGAAUUUGCUCCUUUUGGCACAAUCACUUCCGUGAAAGUCAUGAGAGAUGAGGCUGGUAACUCCAAGGGCUUUGGCUUCGUAUGCUUCUCUACCCCAGAGGAAGCCACCAAGGCUAUCACUGAGAAGAACCAGCAGAUUGUUGCUGGCAAGCCACUAUACGUCGCUAUUGCCCAGAGAAAGGAAGUGAGACGCUCCCAACUCGCUCAGCAGAUCCAGGCCAGAAACCAGAUGAGAUACCAGCAGGCUACUGCUGCCGCCGCUGCCGCCGCUGGCAUGCCUGGCCAGUUCAUGCAGCCAAUGUUCUACGGCGUCAUGCCCCCAAGAGGCGUUCCUUUCAACGGGCCAAACCCUCAACAGAUGGCUGCUAUGAACGGCAUCCCAAAGAACGGUGUCCCUCCUCAGCAGUUCGGUAGACCAGCUGGCCCGAUGUACGGUGUCCCUCCACAAGGUCCUCAGGGCGCUUUCCCAAGAAACGGUAACCAAUUUUUCCACCAAAAGCAAAGACAGGCUCUAGGUGAGCAGCUGUACAAGAGAGUCUCCGCCAAGACCCAAGAUGAGGAAGCCGCUGGUAAGAUCACCGGUAUGAUCUUAGACCUGCCACCUCAGGAAGUUGUGCCAUUGUUGGAGAACGAUGAGUUGUUUGAGCAGCACUUCAAGGAAGCCUUCGCUGCCUAUGAUUCUUUUAAGAAGGACCAAGACGCUCAAGCUCAAGCCGAGCCAGCUACUGAACAAGCUUAA